GCUACUCAUGGAUUUAUUACCAAAUUUUGUUUAAAAAUUUAUGAUGUACAAAUUUUAGUGAACACUUUCAAUACAUUUUUUAUGUUUAGAUAUCAUUAUUUUAUAAUGUAUAACAGCCAAGUAAACUGGAAUUAUAAAAUGCAGGACCUAACCUUUUAAUUUAUAUUUAUAUAAUUCAUUUGACUCUGUUUCGCAAUGAUUAGAUUAUCCAUUAAUAAUAGUUUAAUUUGUCGUUUAUAUUCAAAUUGUCUUGAUGAUAUGUAUUUGUUGCGCAUUUUUUCAAAUGGACGAGCAGGGGUUUCUACUUGGUCUGCAUUAGCAACAGCAUUUAAUACAAAACCUAAUCCAAAAGUCAAUUUGAGUCUUUUGCGGGAAGAUACGGGAUUGUUUAUGAAGCGUGAGUUGCAAUCUCAUGAAGGGUUUUUUGCUUUGAAAGAACGGGCUGUGAAUGAUUCAGAAAAUCUAAUUAAGGAAGUUAUAUCAAACACCCGCAAACGCAAAAUUGUAGAGAUUUUUGAUGAAUUGUCUGAUAAUCUGUGUAAAGUAGCCGAUCUUGCAGAAUUUGUUCGGAUUGCCCACCCCAAAGCAGCAUAUGCACAUGCUGCAGAAGAUGCUUGUAUCAGUAUUAGCUGUAUUGUAGAGAAAUUGAACACACAUUAUGAAUUGUAUUCAGCUCUAAACAGUGUUGUAACAAAAGGUGAUUUAUUUCCUACAACAUCGAUUGACAACCAUGUAGCUAGAUUAUUUAUGUUUGAUUUUGAACAAUGUGGAAUUCAUUUACCUGAAACUCAAAGGCAAAGAGUCGUGGAAUUGAAUGAUUACAUUUUACAACUCGGACAGAAAUUUAUGAAUGGUGCUGUCCAACCUCGCAGUGUUCCAAAAAAUAUAAUUCCAGAUAACAUUAGGCAAUAUUUUAUAGUUGAAGGUGAUGAUGUGGUCAUAUCAGGAUUGUAUGCAGAUUCUAGUAACGCAUCUGCUCGUGAAGCAGCUUAUAAAUUAUUUUUACACCCGAACAGCCAUCAAGAAUAUCUGCUCAGUGAAAUGCUUAAAGCACGGCAAGAAUUAGCUAAGAUAUGUGGAUUUAAAACUUAUGCGCAUAGAGCUUUGAAAGCAAGUACUAUAGAAACUCCAGAAGCCGUAAAUGAUUUUCUAAACAUACUCUCUGACAAACUCUCAUUGAGGGCUAGUGAAGACUUCAAAACAAUGCAAUUAAUGAAAGCAAGUGAAGAAUCUGGAAAUAAGGAGUUAGCUGCUUGGGAUACACCUUACUUUACACAAAAAAUCAAGAAGCAAUGGUUACAAGUUGGAGCAUCUGAGUUUGCUCCUUAUUUUAGCCUUGGUGGUUGUAUGGAAGGAUUGGACAUAUUAAUGCAAUCUUUAUUUGGUAUUAAAUUUGUAAUUGAAGAAAUGGCACCUGGUGAAGCUUGGGCUAAUGAUAUAUAUAAAUUAAAAAUUGUUCAUGAGACUGAAGGAACUCUAGGUCAUAUAUAUUGUGAUUUUUAUGAAAGACCAGGAAAGCCAAAUCAAGAUUGCCAUUUUACCAUACAAGGUGGUAAACAGAAAUCCGAUGGUUCAUAUCAGAAUCCUAUAGUAGUAGUUGUAUUAAAUUUGGCACCACCGCGAUGGUCAAGCCCCACGCUUUUAAGCCCAGCUAUGGUAGAUAAUCUUUUUCAUGAAAUGGGACAUGCAAUGCAUUCAAUGCUUGCAAGAACCAAAUAUCAACAUGUGACUGGAACUAGAUGCAGUACUGAUUUUGCAGAAGUACCUUCUGUUCUUAUGGAGUACUUUGCAUCUGAUCCUAGGGUUGUGAGCAGUUUUGCAAGACAUUUUCAAACACAGGAAAAGAUGCCACAAGAAAUGUUGCAGCGAUUAUGCGCAUCUAAGAGCUUAUUUGGAGCUAGUGAAAUGCAAUUACAAGUUUUUUAUAGUGCUCUCGAUCAACACUACCAUAGUGCAAAUUUUACAGGCGUUACUACUGAUGCAUUGAAGGAGAUUCAAAAACAUUAUUACAGUUUACCUUAUGUUAAUAAUACGGCCUGGCAAUUGCGAUUUGGUCACUUAGUUGGAUAUGGAGCAAAAUAUUAUUCAUACCUAGUAUCUCGAGCUGUAGCAUCUUUAAUAUGGCAAGUGUAUUUUGAAAGUGAUCCAUUCAGUCGCACUCAAGGUGAAGCAUAUAGGCAAGAAUGUCUUGCUCAUGGUGGAGGAAAACCAUCUAAGCAAUUAGUGUCCGACUUCCUGAAAAGAGACCUAACACCAAAGUGUAUGGCAGAUGCUCUAAUUAAUGAAAUAGAUAUGAAAAAGAUUCAAAUUGAAAAAAUUAGGUUUUUAAAUGAACUACAGUAAAUUUAGUUAUACCUGUGUUGU